AAAAAUAAGAUUGGUUUCACAUGCAAACUGUCAAGAGUGAAGGGAGCGAGGUGAAGGCAUCGAUACAAACCGUCCUGCCACACCGACUGUCAGUCUUACAUACUAAUGGAGGUCAGGACUGUCAACAGAUAAGUGGAGCUGCAGCUUCCAAGUCGCGGAAGACUCUUGAGAAACCCGAGCCGGUCAUGUGAGAUGUAAAAUUACUGAAUGAAGAAUGAGAAACUUGAGUAACGCCAUCAUCGCAGAGGCCUGACCAUCAUACAUCACAUAACUGUUAGAGCGCCCCUCAUUCAGUCUCGUUCUGCUCCUCUGCCUCACACACCUUCAUCCACCGGCUCUGCUGUCCAGCCCAGGCAGAGUGGACCCACCCCUCUCCCCAGGCCUCGUGCCCUCCCAUCGGCGGCCCGCUCUGGCGGUGUGUUGGUGUACGAUGGCGCGGUGGGACGCUGAGGGCUGCCGCGGGGGACUGUGAUGUCAGAGCCCAACAGCCCGGGCGAGAGCCGGCGUGGCGCUCCCAGAUUCUUCGUGGGUUGCGAGGACGAUGAGAGCGAGGUCCUGGAAGACAGCAUGAGGACAGACAUGGAGCUGUAUGAGGACGACGAAGACACAGACUCGCCCCCGGAGCGACAGAUCGUGGUGGGGAUCUGCUGCAUGAUGAAGAAGUCAAAGUCCAAGCCAAUGACCCAGAUCCUGGAGAGGCUGUGCAAGUUUGAAUACAUCACUGUGGUCAUCUUCCCUGAGGACGUCAUCCUCAACGAGCCCGUGGACAAAUGGCCUCUGUGCGACUGCCUCAUCUCCUUCCACUCCAAGGGAUUCCCGCUGGACAAAGCGGUGAGCUACGCCAAACUGAGAAACCCUCUGCUCCUCAAUGACCUGAACAUGCAGUACUACAUACAGGACAGGAGGGAGGUGUAUCGCAUCCUGCAGGAGGAGGGGAUCGAUCUACCACGCUAUGCUGUGCUGAACCGUGACCCAGAUAAACCAGAUGAGUGUAACCUGGUGGAAGGAGAGGACCAUGUGGAGGUGAACGGAGAGAUCUUCCAGAAACCUUUUGUUGAGAAGCCUGUCUGCGCCGAGGACCACAACGUCUACAUCUACUACCCCACCUCUGCUGGUGGUGGCAGCCAACGACUCUUCAGAAAGAUCGGGAGCCGGAGCAGUGUGUACUCACCAGAGAGCAGCGUGAGGAAGACGGGCUCUUACAUCUAUGAAGAGUUCAUGCCAACAGACGGGACAGAUGUAAAGGUGUACACUGUGGGGCCGGACUACGCUCAUGCUGAGGCUCGGAAGUCUCCUGCUCUGGACGGGAAGGUGGAGAGAGACAGCGAGGGGAAGGAGGUCCGCUACCCCGUCAUGCUGUCAGCCAUGGAGAAACUGGUGGCCCGUAAGGUCUGCUUAGCGUUCAAGCAAACUGUGUGUGGCUUCGAUCUUCUCCGAGCCAACGGACACUCCUAUGUGUGUGACGUCAACGGUUUCAGUUUUGUGAAGAACUCGAUGAAGUACUAUGACGACUGUGCCAAGAUCCUCGGGAACAUUAUGAUGCGUGAACUGGCUCCACAGUUUCAGAUUCCUUGGUCCAUCCCAACUGAGGCCGAGGACAUCCCCAUUGUUCCCACUACUUCAGGGACCAUGAUGGAGCUACGCUGUGUCAUCGCUGUCAUCCGACAUGGAGACAGAACGCCCAAACAGAAAAUGAAGAUGGAAGUCCGUAACCCCAUGUUCUUUGAUCUAUUUGAAAAAUAUGGAGGAUACAAGACGGGGAAAUUAAAGCUGAAGAAGCCAAAACAACUGCAGGAGGUGCUGGACAUCACACGGCAGUUGUUGGCAGAUCUGGGACAGCACAAUGACUGCGAGAUAGAAGAGAAAAAGUCCAAACUGGAGCAGCUGAAGACUGUCCUGGAAAUGUACGGCCACUUCUCGGGGAUCAACAGAAAAGUGCAACUAACCUACCUGCCCCAUGGGCAGCCCAAAACCUCGAGUGAGGAAGAAGACACACGCAAGGAAGGUCCGUCUCUGCUGCUGGUGCUGAAGUGGGGAGGAGAGCUGACUCCUGCUGGCAGAGUUCAGGCUGAGGAGCUGGGAAGGGCCUUCCGCUGUAUGUACCCUGGAGGUCAAGGAGACUAUGCUGGAUUUCCAGGCUGUGGGUUACUGCGGUUACACAGCACCUACAGACAUGACCUGAAGAUAUAUGCGUCUGAUGAAGGCAGGGUGCAGAUGACAGCCGCAGCUUUCGCAAAGGGUUUGCUGGCUCUGGAGGGCGAGCUGACACCCAUCCUGGUACAGAUGGUGAAGAGCGCCAACAUGAACGGGCUGCUAGACAACGACAGCGACUCACUGAGCAGCUGCCAGCACCGCGUCAAGGCCCGACUCCACGAGAUCCUGCAGAGGGACAGGGACUUCAUCGACGAUGACUAUGAUAAGCUGGCCCCGACCUGUAGUGCCUCUUUGGUGAAUUCAAUGAAGAUCGUCCAGAACCCAGUGGCCACAUGUGACCAAGUCUACGCCCUCAUUCAGAGCCUCACCUCCCAGAUCCGCAAAAGGAUGGAAGACCCCAAAUCAGCUGACCUGCAGCUGUACCACAGCGAGACACUGGAGCUGAUGCUGCAACGCUGGUCCAAACUCGAGAGAGACUUCCGCAUGAAGAAUGGCCGCUAUGACAUCAGUAAAAUACCCGACAUUUAUGACUGUGUGAAGUACGAUGUCAUCCACAACGCCACUCUGGGCCUGGAGGACACGCUGGAGCUGUUCAGACUGUCUCGAGCUUUGGCUGAUGUCGUCAUCCCACAGGAGUAUGGCAUAAAUAAAGUGGAGAAGUUGGACAUAGCAUACGCCUACUGCCUCCCACUGGUAAGAAAGAUCCAGCUGGACCUGCAGAGGACCCACGAGGACGAGUCUGUCAACAAACUGCACCCUCUGUAUUCUCGCGGAGUGAUGUCUCCUGGGCGCCAUGUCAGGACACGGUUAUAUUUCACCAGUGAGAGUCACGUCCACUCCCUGCUCAGCAUUUUCCGCUACGGAGGCCUGCUGGAUGAGGAGAAGGACCAGCAGUGGAAGCGUGCCAUGGAUUACCUCAGUGCUGUCUCUGAACUCAACUACAUGACUCAGAUUGUCAUCAUGCUUUAUGAGGACAACAAUAAGGAGCUCACCUCAGAGGAACGCUUCCACGUGGAGCUUCACUUCAGCCCUGGUGUCAAAGGCGUCGAGGAGGAGGAGAACGCACCGACCGGCUUUGGCUUCAGGCCCGCCUCUGCAGAGGUGGCACGACAGAACGGGCAGAAACAGACCGACCCCGGCAGCCUGGAGGACCUCUCUCGAGACGAGACAGACCGCGCCGUGCCGCUGUCUGAGCCAAUUACCAUUCAGAGGAGGUCCCCGCUCAUACGCAAUCAUAAGACUGGAUCCAUGGAGGUUCUGUCAGAGACAUCAUCCUCCAAAGUGGGCAGUUAUCGCCUCUUCUCGUUAUGCUCGCGUCAAUCCCCUGAGAUGAAACAAAGUGGAUUAGGCUCUCAGUGCGCCGGGCUCUUCAGCACCACUGUCCUAGGUGGGUCCUCUAGCGCCCCUAACCUGCAGGACUACGCACGCGCACAUCGCAAAAAAUUCUCCACCAGCAGUCUAUCCUACAAAGACGAGUUGUUGUCUAUGCCGGCAGUAAAACGAUUUUCUGUGUCGUUUGCAAAGUUUCCGACUAAUGGAACACAAGAUGACACAGUGGCUCCACUUCUCUGGUGCACUGCAGCAGAACCCAUGGAGGAGCACCGUAUGGCCCAGUUGUUGAGGCAUUUCUCCAACGACCCUAACCUGGGCCGCCACCUCUGUCUGGACGGGGCGCUGGCCCACCACCUCCACCAGUGCUCCUACCACCUCCGCCUCUUCCGAAACUGGCUCAUCUCCGGCCAAGGUCCCCUAGAGUACCUUCACGGCUUCGAAGGCUGCUCCAUGGUGCCCUCCAUCUAUCCUCUGGAGACGCUGCACAACUCGCUGUCGCUAAAACAGGUCAACGAGUUCCUCACCAGUGUGUGCGAGAGCGCAGGGGAUCCACACACGAGGACCACCAGAGCUCUGUCCGCCAUGUUCGACGCACACAACCAGCCGUCAGUGGACGCGUACAUCCCUCAGAGAGUCCUCUCUUCCUCCAUCUCUCUCAGAUCUCGUUCUGACAGACCUCCGUGGUACAGCAGCGGUCCUUCCAGCACGGUGUCCAGCGCUGGGCCGUCCUCUCCCACCACAGCUGACACGUCCCCACGCUUCAGCUUCAGUGAGAAGAUCUCGCUCACCCCUCAGAGCAGCGAGGAAACUCACUCCUCUCAAAACAUUGCCACUCAGUCAAUGCUCCCACAAGGUCUCGACCCAACUUGCCCUGCAGGUUCAAACCCCACCGAAGUCCCUCUGACUCCAAAUAACUCACCGGAGGACGACGCUGAGCUCUGCGCUGUGACUGAUCAGCAGCCUGAUGAUCCUGAAUGCACACAGGAAGUGCCAGAGGUGGCUCCUGCAGCCUUGGACGCCUCUGGUGUUGCAAUUUCAGACCCUGGCUUGAGAGCGCCCUGCUCUGCGUUAGCGGAGCUCACUCUGGCUCGGAUGGAGGGUUACUGCCUCCCUGGCUCUCUGCCUGUGCUGCUGGAGCUCAGAGAGAGCAGCAGCGAGGCGGGCUCCAGCUCCCAGACGCCCCAGUCUCCUGAGGGACCUGACGAGUUCUUUGACACUCAGGAGUCGAUGGAGUUGUGGACGGACAGUCCAGAAAGCCUCCCCCAUCCUGAGACGCCCCUCGAGGUCGGAGCCACUCACACAGCAGAGCCGUAGGGGUGGAGCGGUUAGAAACUACUGUUGUUACAUCCGUAACAUUACAAUCGUCAUCGUUGUUGUCAAUCAGCAGAGAGGCAUCGUACUGUGUUACAGUCUCGCUUCUCCUGUAGCUUGAAGACUACUGUGUCUUGAGUCGUAAUGAAUGGGCAGCUGAUCCUCACACUCAGCUCUGUGAUGGAGAAUCACAUGACAAUGCCAUACAUGCUGUUCAUCGCCUUUUCUAAAAGCACACUGGGAGCACACACCAGUGACGCCACUGAGCCUCCUGACAGUCCACUAGUUCAGUUCACCUGUCUGACAAUAAAGCUCCACCUUACAACACGUGACUCCCUGCAUCUUUACAAACUCUCUGUCGCUGUCACUCAUACACUGUUACACAGGCUCUUUCCUUAAAGCUGCAUUAAUCGAUCUUUGGCCACUAGAGGGCAGAAACACCCAGAGGCUCACAGCCCUGACAUGCUGUCACAUUAUUAAGCUGUCAUAGCUGAAUGUGACGUGAAUGAGCAUCAGCAACAAAAUUAUUGAUUGAAUUUUCUCUUGGAAUGUUCUAACUGGCUGCAUGCGAUGCAGCAUUGUGCAUCGUUUCAAGCUUUUUCCAUUUAUUCCUGUUGCUCGCAUUGAAAGCAUGAUUCAUGAAAUUACACUGAGGAGUUAUUUAAACAACACCUCCUCAUUUCACUACAGCAGCCUUGCAGCAGGCUGGAGGGAGAGAUCGCCAGGGAGCUGAAAGUUUCUGGAGAAUGACUAUCGCUGGUAACAACCUACUCACUUCACUACAACCACUACAACUACUUACUAAUACUACUUGCUAUAUUGUGUGUAGUUUCCAGUAAGUAUCACAAUAUAAAAAGUGUUUUUUGUAUUAACAAAAGAAAAAAUAACAUAAAAUAAGGAGUGUAAAUUGGCCAACAGCAGAAAACAAGUGCCAUUUGAAGUACUUCUUGAACAACCAGGCUUCAAUUAGCCUGACAAACCAUAAAGUCAAUGUUCACUUAAAAAAAAUCAGCAAACUUUCUGUUGCUGCUGUUACAUGCGUUAGACGCGGCACUAAAGGACCGUCUCCGCACCAUUCUCCCCCCGCUCGGUUUAAUGUCUGCUUGGAAAGCACAAGCUAACACAACAGCAGCGGCUAAUAUCUGUUACUGAGCCGUUAAACAGUCUAAACAAACUCAUACUUUCACCGUAACGUCUUAAGUCAUGGUAUUAACACACUCCCACAGAAGUCGUCUCCUAGUGUGUCAUGUUAAACAGGGACAGGAGGGCAAGGACACGCUGAGCUAAGUGAUACGCUGCACAUAGCUCUACAAUGAAGUGAGAUUUUACCAAUUUUAAAGUGAAAAAAUAUGUGUUCAGGUGUGGGAGGUUGGGCAGCCAUUAAUCUGUAUGUUGACUUAAUACUGACAUCCAAAUCAAGAACUCGAGCACUCAAGCCCAUCUCUCCUCAGGAUAUGGUGUAAGGUUUCAGCAGUCAUCCGGCAGAUUCAGAACAAAAUCAUCAUCCUGUUGGAGUCGUGUUUUUGUCCACAUGAAGAAUUAAUGUCCAGUAUUCUCUCUGCGUUUAGCCGUGGUUUGUUCUCCAUCAGCUCCUCAGAAAAAUGUCUGUCUCUUUAACUGCUAAAUGUCCGUCCGGCUGGUCUCUAACUGUGUCUGUCUGCCAUUUUGUGCUGGGUACGCAGCGUACAGUGGUGCAGUGGGUUUGUGGAGUUGAUGAGAGCGUCGUGUCUGAACCAUCUGGGAAAUUAAAAGUGAACUAAAAGAGGCCAAAGUUAAAAAGGGCUGUCCCGUUUGAUGUGAGUGAUGUGGCCAUAAAGAUAUUGAUUAAUGGAGCUUUACAUGGUGUAAAAUCUGUCUUGCAUCUUCCUUAUCCUCAGCCUUUUUCCUCAGACAGCUGCAGCAGUGACGUUUUCACAUUUCAUACCAUCCUGUGACCGUAUCAGGGCAGCGUCGUGUCGUGGCAUUAGGGCAGCCUUGCUUUAUUGUCGCUACAGGUUUUUGUGUUUGUAAGUUACAGGACACAGAGACUUAUAGACUCUCUACUUUAAUGAGAAACACAGGAAAUGACUCGCAGUACAAGACAGAGAAAAUACAAUCUGCAGCUCUGCAGCUCUUCAUCAUACGCCGGCGUUUGCCCUGUGCUGAGCUUCUGUGAUUUCAAAAACAAAAGCUGAAUGUUCAUUACUGACAGUAAACUGUAAUAAGUGUUGAAUCUGCAGGUCGAACUGUGUGUGCACUGCUUACUGCCAAAGUCCUUAAGCCUCACUGAAGAUAUAAUAUAAUCAGUAGGAACUGAUAGAGGAAAAAAUAUUUAUUUUGAAAUUGCAUCUUGAGAGGAAGGUCUGGUAUUUUUGAUAUCCACAUCAGAUAUUUAAUUGUACCAUAACUGUUGUAUUGUUCUCUGUUUUCUGUGAAAUCACCUCAUGAUGUGGGAGAACCUGAAAGCUAAUGUCUCGUUAUAUCACUGAACAAACAGGAGGAGCAUUUAACAUUAAAUGUGCUUUUAUUGUGGUGAGCAGUCAUGUAGCAGGUGUGUACGUGUGUGUGGGUGUGUGAGAGAGUGUGUGUGUGUGUGUGUGUGUGUGUGUGUGUGUGUGUUGGGGGGGUACACACAUGCUUGAGAAGUAAUUCAGGUCGAUGAGUACACUGAUGUGUGUUUACUCAGUGGGAUUUCAUGUUACAUUGUGACGUACUGUAGAGGUGAGAAACACAGCUGACCUGUCGUCCUGUGUGUGUGUGUUUGUGUGUGUGCGUGUGUGUGUGUACAGAAUCACUCUGUUUGUGCAGCAGGUUCUGUUUGCUUCAAGGGUCACUUCACUCAAAUCACUGACAAAUACAAACACUUCCUCACGUACCUCUGCUGAUCCAGCCAUGAAGAUAGUUUGGGUUUUAUUUGUUCAGGCUUUCAGAUUCAAAAAAAAAAUAAUCAGCUGCUGUGUGAUAAACCAGCGUCCCCAUCGCUCUGGAUAAUGCACACCUCACUGUAAACAUUUUGUUUUCUGCUCUGAGAGAGACUUUAACACCAGGCUGACAGUCAGUGCUUUUUUGGCACAUUUUAAAUCUGAAAACCUGAGAAAUUUGAGCAAAAGUAAAAAAUAUUGCUCAAAGUUUUAACACUUCAUUGACGUCGAAACGUUAGUGCGUCAAUACAGAGAAAAUUCAGCAAGUACAAAGGAACCAGAUGAAUAAAUCACGAUCAUACAUGAUGACAUAUGACACAAGUCCCUGACACACCAAGCCCACAGUCAGCCAGCAGUCAGUGUCCGGCCGAUGGUGAGUGUCUGUCGAACUAAUUUUGCAGUGUGUCCUGCACCAUUGGCCCCAAUCGGCAGUAAUCUGCCUUUGUUGGCUGUUUUCUGGCAGAUUGAGCACGUUAAAUCGGCGUCGGAGCCCAUCGGUAAGAGAAAUCACUCCUGAAUUUAGCUCAGAAGAGAAACAGAAGUGAGGAAAGUAAACAACUACCAGAGACCAAAAUGUGUUAUAUUAAGGAAGAUUAUUUUUUGUAGCCACUGAGUUCUUUAGCAGAAAUGGUUCGUAAUUGUCAAUUUUACUGUUCGCUGGCACACAGUGUGUUUGUUCUUUUAACAUCAGGUUAUGUUGUUAAUGUGCUAACUGGCUAACUAGCGUCUUGAAUCCGUCCUAUCGAUCUUCCAGUUUCCAUUUUUUAAUGAUAAAUACAGACUACUGCUGCCUGCUGGUGUGGAGAGUUAUUUCCUCUCGUGGGUGUAGAACAUGUGCUGAUUUGCUGUUGUCUUUGUGGUCUGAUCAUGUGCAACUUUGUGGCGGAGACACAGGUGACGUGGUGAUGCAACAGUCAGGUUUGGUGUGUCUGGCCCUUUAAAUGUCCACUAAGGAAACUAAAUAUGACAACAGACGAACACAUGAUCAGCAAAACAAACAUCAGCGUGCUACGAACUACUAGAGUGACAGAAACCAUGUUUGGGAAAAAUUUACUUGACGUGUACUUUGAUGGUAUUUGCUAACAUGGAGGGGGUGGAGUUAAUGACCUAAACUGCAGCCAGCCACCAUCAUACAGUCAUUUCAGGGUGUUUGUGAUGCUCAGAAACAUUUCAGUGUUCUAGAGUCAUGCCUGUUCACUUCUGGUGCAUCUGAAUCAAGGCAGAAAUAUCAAGAGACAGAACCAGGACAGAUAAAACCAAAACUAUCUCCAGAGCCAAAAUAUUUUUGUAAUUUGAGUGAACUGACCCUUUAAACCUGCUCAGAAAUCCACCUUUUAAUCUCUGAGGAUGACUCGUCUGAUGGAGCGAUCAGUAAUCCAAUAAAGACGUCUCUGCUUUGUGAAGUGAAAUCACAUUUCAUGUCUGAUGUUUCGCCCUGUUGGAUCAUAAGCUUUGGUUUGGAUGCACCGUGUGUGUUCUUGACUGUACGGAGCUCGACGACUCCACAAACGCUUCCUGUCUGUUGCUCUGGGAAAAAUCUGUGUGACGUUUAAUAAUCUGGUUUUAGAAAAAUGGUUAUGUGAAACAUCACAAUAAUCUGUAAUAUUUCCAGCGAUGUUACGAAAUACAGCUAUUGGAAUGUAAAA